AUGACCAGUUGUGGCCAGCAGCCCUUGAACGUGCUCGCCGUCCUCUCAUUGCUGAUUUCUGCAGUCUUGUCCGCGCAUUUCCGGGUCUGUGAGCCGUACACAGACCACAAAGGCCGCUACCACUUUGGCUUCCACUGCCCCCGGCUCUCGGACAACAAAACCUUCAUCCUCUGCUGCCACCAUAACAACACAGUUUUCAAAUACUGCUGCAACGAGACAGAGUUCCAGGCGGUGAUGCAGGCGAACCUCACGGCCGGCUCCGAGGGUUACACGCACAACAACUACACCGCUUUGCUGGGAGUGUGGAUCUACGGCUUCUUCGUGCUGAUGCUGCUGGUCCUGGAUCUUUUGUAUUACUCGGCCAUGAACUACGACGUCUGCAAGGUUUACCUGGCGCGGUGGGGCAUCCACGGACGGUGGAUGAAACAGGACCCCCGGCGCUGGGGGAACCCUGCCCGGGCCCCCCGGCCAGGGCAGCCGGCCCCGCAGCCCCAGCCUCCCCCAGGCCCCCUGCCGCAAGCCCCCCAGGCCGUGCACACGCUGCAGAGAGACAGCCACACCCCGCCGCUGAUGACUUUCCAGAGCUCGUCCGCCUGGUGA